AUGAAAAACAAAAAUAAAAUCAAGAGAUGCUUAGACUACCUUAGGAGUAAUAGAGACAAAAUAGCUAAGGACCACGCUAACCUGCUUCCGUGUGACAAAGAAAGUGUCUUGUUAACUUAUCUGAAGGAAUUUCGACUUCAGCUUGCAAAGAAAUACGACGCACACUUUUGCGAAUUCUUCAUUGAUGAGUAUGGAGAGCGUAGGAAUAUAUGCUCCUCCAUAAUUCAAGUUUUUUUUCCCUUUGACAAAGGAAAUAACUACAAAGAAAUAUAUACCCUCAUCAAGAGCUACUUCACGUUUGAAGUCGUGUUGAAAAAAAAAAUAAAAACACUUCUUCUUCCCAACGUGGCGCUCGUGUUCGACUGGAAGAUCGCCGACUGUGCCGACUUGUGCACUAUAGUGGUGUCCUCACUGAGAACAAAGAACUACGACGCGUACGUUGUGUGCGGCGAGGCCCCCUUCUCCAUUUGCGCGAAGGACGACAAAAAAAACUUCUGCGAAUUUAAUUUACAAAAUUGGAAGAACUAUGAAGGGAAGGAGGAGGAUGCAGUAGAAGUGUUGGACAUACAGGAGAAGAAGGCGAAGUAUAGAAAACUCAUGAAUAUCGGCGUGAGAUCGGAAGGGAAACGCAAAUUUGAAGACGAAGGAUCGAAUGAAGAGAAGGAUCUCUACCUUCACAUGUGGAUACUGAUAAAAAAAAGCUUAGAUGUAAAAAAAGACAUGUUCAUAGAAAUGGGUUCAGGCAGGGAAUAUGAUGUGGAUGACUGUCCCUAUAGGUCGAUAUUUUAUCUGUGGAACGAGAAGAACAUUUACGUGAAUAUUCGAAAAACGGAGGAGGUCGCCACGCUAGUUUCCGAGUUACAAAACAAUGAAUACUUUGUUCCGGCUUUCUACGACCAGAUAAGGGCUAAGGCACUAACCCCCAUUAUCGAGAAUCGGUUGUACAAAAUAAGGAAGGACAGGUUUCUUUUGAAGUACCCUCAAGGUAGUAAUACGAUAUUUUACAAGAACUGUAAGAAGGACCAGUACGGGGAUUUCCUGCAGCACGAUGGACUCACAGAAAUGCAUACACACUAUGGGAAUAAGUUCUACACCGACAUUGAAUGGGUCUGUUCUCUGUUCAAAUAUAGAAGAGAUGGGAAAAAAGCCAAACUGUACUUUCCCAAAAAAUUCCAAACCGUUGAAUAUUACGACAGUUGUAGUUACCACUUUUUGAAGACUCUGAAAGAAAGCAUAGGGUUUUACUCCCACUUUUCCUUCUACCCAAAUAGACCAGAUGGAUUGAUCCACUACCUCGAGAUAAAAGAUACAAAAAUUAUGGAAUAUUUUUCCAACCGGAACGACCAAGUGACAUACCGAUCGAUGUGUCUUUCUCCAAAUGUCGAAACGAAAUACAAGUUGAAGAUGUUCGACGGGAAGGAAUACUACGUGAUAAAAAUGACUGUCAAGUAUAAGGAUGAGCAUCGCCAUAACGGAAUCAAGAAGAAAACAUUCCUCAUCCCGGAAAACAAGAUAAUCCUUGUGUACUACAACAACUGCAACGAGAUAAGUAACACCUUCGAGGUUUAUGAGAAACACAUCUGGUACAACCGUGACACGGAGGAGAACGAAGAAAUAGUAAAGUACAAAAAGAAUUAUGUAUACAAGCACUUUGUAAAUUAUAGUGAUCCUCUCCAGAAGGAGAGCUUAUAUUUGUUGAAGGAGGAACGAAAUCUCUUUGACGACAUCGAGAGCACUUAUAAAGGAGUUAUCUGUGCUAUCAGAAAGGAAAGAAACCAAAUGAAACAAACGGAAGAGGAGUACCAAUACAAACCACAAAAUAUCACAAACAAAAACGAAAUGAUAUAUCACGACAAUGAACAAAUGAAACAGUUCAAUAAAAGCGUAAUCGAAGAUGAAAUGAAUGUAUAUAAUUUUUACAAUAGCUAUCCGUGGGAUCAGCAUGCCGAGGUGUCCAUGAACAAUUCGUUUUUCUUGUCCAAAAAGAAGAUACUUAAAGUUGAAUGCGCAUGUGACGAAAUAGCCUACGUUUCCUCGGAGAAGGGGCACGAAUUAGCACGCCCUCCAUUGCGCCAAGUGGAUGAUAAGGCACUCCCCACCCACACAGGAGAUCCAACUGAGCGAAAUAUUAAAUUCGAAAAACCUUCAGAAGGGGAAAACGGUCAAAACCGGGAAAGCAUGAAGUUAUCCAUUUUGGAAGACAGGUUGUCCAAGUACAAACAGGAGCUAUCCGAAAUGAAGGACAUGAAUAACCCAUCGAAAUUGGAAGAUGUGGAAAGGAUAAGGAAAAAUAUUAAGUUCACUGAAGAUAGAAUUCAUCACUGCCGAAAAAAAUAG